AUGAUGGGUUCCCAAACAGUUUGCAAGGUUCCUGCUGUUGACUUCACCGAUGAAGAGUUGAAACCUGGUACAGCAAAGUGGGCUUCAGCAUGCCAAGUGAUCCGGGGUGCACUUGAGGAUCAUGGUUGUUUCUAUGCUUUGUAUGAUAAAGUUUCCAUGGAGCUUUACAACUCAGUUUUUAUUCUAAUGGAAGAACUAUUUGAUCUUCCAUUGGAAACAAAACUGCAAAAGAUCAGUGACAAACCCUACCAUGGUUAUUAUGGACAAAAUGUUCAUGUCCCUCUAUAUGAAUCCCUAGGGAUCAAUGAUCCAUUGACCAUGGAAGGAGUUCAAAACUUCACCAAACUAAUGUGGCCAGCAGGAUAUGAUCAUUUCUGCGAGACUCUCGGUCUCUAUGCAAAGCUGGUUGUAGAAUUGGAUCACAUGACUAAAAGAAUGGUGUGUGAUGGCUAUGGAUUGGAGCAAAAGAACUGUGAUUCUCUUCUGGAAUCAACAAAGUACAUGCUUCGGAGCUUCAAAUAUAGACUGCCGCAGAAGGAUGAAAAUAACUUGGGAUUGCAUGCUCACACGGACACAUCCUUCUUCACCAUUUUGCAUCAGAAUAAUGUAAAUGGUCUGCAAGUAAAAUUGAAAAAUGGAGAGUGGACUGAUAUUGAUCUCUCUCCCUUCAUGUUUCUGAUCCUGGCAGGCGAUGCAUUUAAGGUUUGGAGUAACGAUAGGAUACAGUGUUGUGAACACCGAGUGAUUAUAAGUGAAAAGAAGGAAAGAUAUUCGAUGGGACUAUUUUCACUUGGUGGGAAGCUGGUUGAAACACCAGAAGAGCUUGUUGAUGAAGAACAUCCAAGACGUUAUAAACCAUUUGAUCAUUAUGAAUACCUACGUUUCUAUGCAACCAAAAAGGCCCUUGAAUCCAAGUCUCGAAUCAAAGCAUUCUGCGCCAUAGACUAUGCUGAUGAAAACUGA